AACCCUCUGGUGCCCUUUGACCACACCUACAUCCUCUACGACGAGUCGAACAUUUUCAGCCUUGCGGUGGCGCUGUUCUCUCUCCUACCCAUUCUGAUCCUGGUGUUUCUCUUCUCCUGGUUUGUUGUGACUCGCGAAAUCGAAUGCUGUCUCAUUGCACUGGGACAAGUGAUCAACGAUGUCAUCAGCUGCAUGCUGAAGAAGCUGGUGAAGUUGGAGAGACCGACGAAAGGGCAAAUCUUCAAGAAAGAAGGCGGGCUCGUCUAUGGGAUGCCAUCAUCGCACGCACAGUUCAUGGCAUUCUUCGUCACGUACAUGUCGCUGCGGAUGUUCCUGCAGUGGCCAACCCCGGUGGAAAGGUCAACGAAAAUAGGGCUGUCUGUGCUUCUUGUCGCAGCUCAGGUCCUUGUGUGCUACUCGAGACUCUACUUUGAGUACCAUGACCUUGCUCAGAUAUGGGUGGGCACGCUUCUGGGCCAGGUUCUCGGGAGCUUGUGCUUUCUGGUUGUAGCGCUGCUACGGGAUCUUGGAGUGGUCAAUAGGGCGCUCGACUUGCAAAUAUGCCAAUUUCUAUUCAUGAAAGACUCAUUC